AAAUUUGAAGAAACAGCAAACGAAGUUUCUAUUUUGAUGCUUCUUUUUUACUAUCUUCAAUCACCUACCACUCAUGCCUUGUUUAUUAAUCCCACAACAACUUCAUUUCCUUCUCCUCAUGUUUUCUCCUUUUCCCUCCAACAACUUUCCUUGCCGUCACAUUCUCUUUUUCUUCCCAUGUUUUCUCUUUCAUCUUGCUCCUUUCAAAAGUUUCUCUUUUGAGAUUGGAAAUAGAUACCCUUUGGAGAGAUUGACAAAACCCAGAUACAAAAUUGUGUUUUGAUAAUGGAGUUGAGUUUGGUUUGUGCUAAUGAGUUCACGUCCAAGAGGGUUUUUUGAAUGCUUGAGAGAUCUAGCUUUAAAGUUGAUUUUUCAGAGUUUGAAUAGGAGCUUCUGAGAAAUCUGUGUGAAGCUGAUAGAUAUAUUGGCAGUGGUUAAAUGGCAUCUGAUCUGAGUUCGAGGUUGUCGAAGAAAACAUCUGUUCUUGGUUUGGAAGUAUGGGAGUUGAUGGGGUUAAUAGUUGGUUUGUUCAUUGUGAUCAUUCUUCUAGUGAUAUCAAUAUGUCUUACUUCGAAAAAGAAAUCCAGAAGAAUCAACGGCAUGCUUCCGGUAACCCAUAGGUUAUCCGUUUCCGAAGAGAUCAAAGAGAUUAGCGUUGAUCAGGUUUCGACAAAUAGUCAUCCUCAGAACGGUGCUUUUAUGAGUCUUUACGAUAAGUUUAGUGACAAGGAGGCCGAAAAGGUUUUGCUCCAAACAAAGAAUGGGGAGUAUAGCAGUCAAUCGGGCUCGUUUAUUCAUGUCGAGAAAGACUUUGCUGGCUCUCAAUCGGGUGAUGAAAGUGGUGCGAAGCGCCUUUCUGCACAUAGGCUUUCUGUAACUUCACCGUCGCCUUUGUCUGGUCUUCCAGAAUUCUCUCACCUUGGUUGGGGGCACUGGUUUACACUGAGAGACCUAGAACUUGCAACAAACAAGUUUUCAAAAGACAAUAUUAUCGGCGAAGGAGGAUACGGAGUUGUUUAUCAAGGUCAGCUGAUCAACGGGAAUCCUGUCGCUAUUAAGAAGCUUCUAAAUAAUCUUGGGCAAGCCGAAAAGGAAUUUCGAGUGGAAGUUGAGGCUAUUGGUCAUGUUAGGCACAAGAACUUGGUUAGACUUUUGGGUUUUUGCAUCGAAGGCACUCACAGGUUGUUGGUUUAUGAGUAUGUUAACAAUGGAAACUUAGAACAAUGGCUUCAUGGAGCCAUGCGGCAAUAUGGUUUCCUCACAUGGGAGGCUCGGAUUAAAAUUCUACUUGGAACAGCUAAAGCGCUGGCUUACUUGCACGAAGCAAUUGAGCCAAAAGUCGUCCAUCGAGAUAUUAAGUCAAGUAAUAUUCUAAUCGAUGAUGAAUUCAAUGCCAAAAUAUCCGACUUUGGACUAGCCAAGUUACUCGGUGCCGGAAAAAGUCACAUUACAACUCGAGUUAUGGGUACUUUUGGAUAUGUGGCUCCCGAAUAUGCCAGUUCUGGCUUACUAAACGAGAAGAGUGAUGUUUAUAGCUUUGGUGUAUUGCUCCUUGAAGCAAUUACCGGAAGAGACCCAGUAGAUUAUAGCCGUUCACCAGCCGAGGUAAAUUUGGUUGAUUGGCUCAAGAUGAUGGUCGGCAAUAGGCACGCAGAAGAGGUGGUGGACCCAAACAUAGAGACGAGACCGUCAACAAGUGCCCUUAAAAGAGCCCUUCUGACUGCUUUGAGGUGUGUUGAUCCAGAUUCUGAAAAAAGACCAAAUAUGAGUCAAGUCGUCCGCAUGCUCGAAUCUGAAGAAUAUCCAAUACCUCGAGAGGAUCGAAGACGUAGGAAGAGUAAUGCCACAAAUGCCGACGCGGAGACACAUAAGGAAACUUCUGAUACAGAAAAGAGCGAUCAUCCAGAUUCCAAGUCCAUCGGAAGAAACGGAAGAAGGAAUCACCGGAAGUAAAACCAAGAAUCCUAAAACUUGAAGUACCUAUUCCAGAUUAAGGUACGUGCAAGUGAAUGUGCCAUUUUUGAAUUCUUUCGUGCGAGCUUGUACGAGUUACGAUAACCGCCUCAUUAUACAUCAUAUUCAUGGAGCUGGAUCAGAGUUACUCUGUGAUAUACCUAUUUGAUUGCUAUAACUUGGAUCAUCAUGUAGAUGUUAGGAAAUAGAUCCCUUACACCAGUUUGUACUUUGUACAGUUCAUUGCUAUUCAUACUUUUCCUCUUUGUAUUUCUAUUUGUUUCAUCACUCAUUAGGAUUGUAAAGUAAUUGAUGUUUCUUUGUGUAAGAUGAUAAGAAAAUUAUAUCAAGUGUGAAGGAGGACACAAAAUAUGUGCCUUAUUAUUGUCUAUAAUUGUUGCAAUGAAAAAUUUCUUGAUUAUUACAGUA